AUGGCGUCACUAAUACCCUUCAUCUCGGAGAUUCUCCCCAUGAUCAUGCCCGCCUCCACCCACGUUACCGCGGCCAAGGAUCUCCAGCCGACCCAUCCAACUGUCGAGGGGCCCGUGAUAAGGCGUGCCGCAGUCGUCGACCGCUGCGACAAGAUGUGCGCCUCUGCGAACAGGGCUGACCUGUGCAUCCUAGAUGCCAUCAUAUAUGCCGUCUCCGGUACCGGCGUCCUCCUUGUCAAUGAGAACUUUAACGAGGAACGGCGACAGCACCCUCUGACUGCCGGAGAUUUCGCCUUCGUUCCAGCCUGGACAGAGCACCAAAUUCAAAAUGAUACCGACACCGACCUCGUCAUGGUUGUCAUCCAAAGUGGCCCACGCCCCGUUGGCGCUAUCCUGACGGAUUGGGGAGGUGACGAGCUUGCUGCGGAUAUAUCCAGCGAGUAA